GCAUUCCGCUCCGCUGGAUGUUGGUAGCACCUUCGCUCGACAGCAGCACGGUUACUACUGCCGCUAGUGCAGCACGUGGUGUGUGUUUGUGUGUGCGUGUACCUAGUGAACCCAGGCAUGGCAACGCGUGGUGUGAUGUUACUGGCAUUCCAGGUCCUCCUACUAUGCUUCUUGGCACAGGCUUGGAACACGGAGCGAGGUUCGUUUGAACUGGAGUCGCAGCGGGAGUCGCUGAAAAAUGUUCAUCUGGUUACUGACUGCAUGCACGUUACGUCAGAGGAGGGCGAGUAUUCCUUUGUGAAGCUGCCGCCUACGCGCACGAUUUCCAAACAGCCCUGGCUGAACAGCCUGGAAGGUUCACCGCAGCAGCCGAAUGGGGCGCCGGAUGUGGCGACUGAGUCAUCGGCUGCUCCCGCCACCGUUUGCGGUAUCUACUUCGUAGCCGACCCGGAUCAGGUGAUUGAGGUGACAAUGAGGCAGAUGAACGUGGAGUGCGCCACCGGUGGGCUGAUGGCGUUCGUCGAUGGUUGGGAGCUGAACGGGCAGUACUUCCCCGGUGAGUGGGAACAUGAGAAACGGCUCGAUCUGCGUGUCCAGGAGUUUUGCGUCGAGCCGGGCGCAGAACCGUGGCCGGCCAAGUCCUCGUCCAAUGCCUGGGUGUUCCGGUCGAGCCAGAACGCUGCGCUGAUACAAUACCGCGUACCCGUCCGUGGAUCGUUCGUAUUGUCAGCAAGAUUCCUGCAUAAUGCUAGACCGUGCAAUAUAAUGGCUGAGGGGCUCGCUCCAUACUAUAUGCUGCGUAACUACGGCCAACGUCGUAACUGCACGCUUACGGCCCUCUUCCCGGCGGUCGUGUCCGUGGUUGCGUUGGAGACGGGUCCGAUCGAUGGGAUGGUUCGUUACGUAUGUAGUCUCCCUACCGAUAAGCUCGAGAUCGGUGGUUCAGCCGGUCUGGAUCCGCACAACAUGCUGAAGGCAACCACUCUGUGUGGCCACAGCGGAGGCCGCAUGGAUCUGGAGCAGAGCAUCCUCUGUGGUACAACCUCCGUACGGCUGAUAUCCAGUGGCCAUUACAACAAUCAAGCGAUGGUUACCAUGCGCUUGGCGGAAGACGCGGAUCUCCGGCUGACUACCAUCAUGUGCGAGAUGUAGAGCCACUCUGCAACACCCAAUGGAAGAGCCGAUGGACGAACGGAACAGAUGUCACUUCAGCAGGAAUUCAUGGAGAGACAAAACCGACAGCAAAAGCUAUACAAGUUUCCCCCAUACCAUGAAACGAAAAGGAAAACUAUAUAAAACCAUUUUCACAGAACAGUG